CCUCCCAACACUAUGCAUCUUGCCAGUUUGGUCAGCUGCUGCUCCCUCCUACUGCUGUUGGGGGCCCUGCCUGGAUGGGCGGCCAAUGAUGACCCCCUUGAGAAGGUCAUUGAAGGAAUCAACCGAGGGCUGAGCAAUGCAGAGAGAGAGGUGGGCAAGGCCCUGGAUGGCAUCAAUCAUGGAAUCACUCAAGCUGGAAGGGAAGUGGAGAAAGUUUUCAAUGGACUUAGCAACUUGGGGAGCCAUGCCGGCAAGGAGCUGGACAAGGGCAUCCAGGGGCUCAACCACGGCAUGGACAAAGUAGCCCAUGGAAUCAACAGUGGCGGCGGACAAGCAGGAAAGGAAGCAGAGAAGUUUGUCCAUGGGGUCAACAACGCUGCUGGACAGGUUGGGAAGGAGGCAGACAAAGUGAUUCAGGGGGUCCAUCACGGGGCCAACCAGGCCGGAAAGGAGGCAGACAAAGUGGUCCAUGGGUUCAACGAUGGGGUCAACCAAGCCGGGAAGGAGGCAGAGAAAUUUGGCCAAGGGGUCAACCACGCUGCUGGCCAGGCUGGAAAGGAAGUGGAGAAACUUGGCCAAGGCGUCCACCAUGCUGCUGGCCAGGCCGGGAAGGAGGUGGACAGGUUGCAGCAGAAUACUCAUAAUGGGGUCAACCAAGCCGGCAAGGAGGCCAACCAGCUGCUGAAUGGCGCUCGCCAAGACGGAUCCACCGGCCAUCACGGAGGGGGCGCAACCACAACAUUAACAUCUGGAGCUUCGGUCAACAAGCCCUUCAUCAACUUUCCAGCUCUGUGGCGGAACGUCGCCAACAUCAUGCCCUAAACUAAUGCACUGGCCUUGCUGAGCAGACUGACAUUCCUGUUGUCCUAUCAUCUGAAAUGACCUGGAG